AUGGCUGUGCUCUUGAGACUACCCGCGAUCCCUGUCCCUCUAAGAAACUCGUCACUUCAUUCCUCAAGAGGAUUGAGAAUGGCUCUAAAUACCCACAAGAACACCAACAUCUCCUUCUCUGCCACGACUCGAAAGCUGCCCAUACUGCUCUUUGACAUCAUGGACACCAUUGUUCGUGACCCUUUCUACCAUGACAUCCCUGCUUUCUUCAGAAUGCCGUUCGAAGAACUAAUAGAGUCGAAGCACCCAACUGCAUGGAUUGAGUUUGAGAAGGGGUUGAUUGAUGAGGUGGAACUAGCUAAAAAGUUCUUUAAGGAUGGAAGGCCUUUAGAUUUGGAAGGCCUUAAAAGUUGCAUGAGAGAGGGAUAUUCCUACAUUGCCGGUGUUGAGGAAUUGCUUCAUGUAUUAAAACAAAAGAACUAUGAGAUGCAUGCUUUCACAAACUAUCCCAUCUGGUACGAGAUGAUUGAGGACAAAUUAAACAUCUCAAAAUAUCUAUCGUGGACAUUUUGUUCCUGUAUAAAUGGGAAGAGGAAGCCUGAUCCCGAAUUCUUUUUGGAAGUUGUGAGACAUCUCAAAGUUGAUCCAGCAAGCUGUAUAUUCAUCGAUGACAGGAAAAGAAAUGUAGAUGCUGCAAAGGAAGUUGGCAUAAUUGGUGUGCAUUUUAAAAACGUAGAUGUGCUUCGCCAAGAUCUUUCUUUGAUGGGAAUUGACAUUUCAGCAGAUCAAACCAACCUUGCACAAGAAUAUUGAUGUACACAAGGAAGUGAUCAUUCCAUAUCAUGUACAUCAAGAGUGUUUCUCAGGACUGGGGAUGAGGAAGAGAAUAACAUCACAAAUGUGUCCCAAGCAAUUCAGCUCUAUACGUCCAUGUUGUAUGGCAUAUGCUCGCAGCCUGUUCUUCUUUUCUUUUCCUCCAUUCUUUCUAAAUUUUUAGGGUUGUCAUUUAUAUACAGCAUUCGACACUGAAUAUAGCAAAAGAAUGAAAUUAAUACGUUUACUUAGGAUAAUGCUACAUUUCAUCAGUGCAAAAUUGUUUACAUUGCAGUUACAAAUUUAGAGUUGUUUAUGAUGUAAGCACUUCAUAAUCCUACGAGAAGCGAAGUGUAUCAGUCUUUGAAAUAUCCGAGUUGGGUUUUCUACCAUA